AUGACACCACCCAAGUUCAACGAACUGCACGAACUGGUGAAAAGGGACUUGGUGAAGUCGUUCUUGUGUCGCGAACCUUUGUGUUCUGAAGAGAGGCUGGCCAUCACCCUCAGGUACCUCUCCUCAGGGAGUGCAAUCAAGCAGAUUGCAAUGAAUGUCAGAGUUGCGCCAUCAACAUGUCGUGUCGUCAUUCACCACACCUGCAAAGUUCUCUGGCGGCACUUACAGUCGCUGUACCUACCUGAGCCAGGACUUGCCCAAUGGCAAAACAUCGCUGAGAAAUUCAGCAGGCGCUGGAAUUUCCCCAAUUACAUCGGGGCAGUCGAUGGCAAGCACAUCCAAAUUAAGGCGCCACAAAACUCUGGCAGCAAAUAUUUUAACUACAAGGGCACAUUCUCUAUCGUGUUGAUGGCGAUUGUUGACGCCAGCUACCGCUUCAUCAUGGUCGACGUUGGGGCUGCAGGCCGGCACAGUGACGGGGGAGUGUUCAAGGCAAGUUCAUUCGGAAGGCAGCUUGGAAAUGAAGACCUGAACCUCCCGGUAGCAGCACGUCUCCCAAACAGCAACAACAUUGCACCUCACGUGUUUGUUGGGGACGAGGCAUUCCAGCUUCGACCUGAUUUCCUGCGCCCGUACCCAGGAAAACACCUGACGCCGACCCAGAGGGUCUUCAACUACAGGCUGAGCAGAGCAAGGCGCAUCGUCGAGAAAGCUUUUGGCAUUCUGGCUGCACGAUGGCGAGUUCUACUUGGCCGCAUCAACCUACUGCCCGACAAUGCAACUUAUGUUGUCCUGGCGUGCUGUGUGCUCCACAACUUUCUGUGUGCGGCAAGUGAGGCAACGUACUGUCCGCCAGGCUAUGCAGACGUGGAGGACGACUAUGGCAACAUUGUUCCAGCUCAAUGGAGGACUGAAAUCCAGAGGAGAGACUUGCUUGACUUGGAAGCAACACCGUCAAGGAACUAUAGUGCGAGUGCUGCGGCAACAAGAAACAUGUUCGCACAGUACUUCAUGAAUGAAGGUGCUGUGACGUGGCAGUGGGCGCAUACUGGCCUCCCGCCACCUCAAAAAACUUAG